AAAAAAAAAGGCAAAGAGAGGGAUGUCUGAUUUCUAUACUUGUAAAAGAAAUCUAAGUGAAAAACGGCUGGUCCCCCCUGCCUUAAACCAGAGUAGAAGGGCAGAGAAUCCAAGAAGGGCUUUUCUUUCCCCUGGCAAACCUUUACCCACCUGCCACCUUAACAAUGGCGACUCACUUCCAUUCAAUAUUAUAGCAUAGCAUAGCAUAUAUAGUUUUUACCCAGAGAAAGAGAGGGAAAGAGCUUCUUGUCUCCUUUCCAUGUGAAGAGAGAGAAAAGAGCGAGCCUCACUUACUUGUAAAGAAUACUCUAAAUAUAUUAAACAAAUACAAUAAAAAAGCUAUCUUUUUCCCUGGUUAAGGCGAGGGAGAGAUGGCGGAGAGAAAGGGAGAGGAUGGCCAAACUUGAUGAAACAAGAUUCACAGUAAUCUCUUUCUCUCUUCUGUGUUCAGCGUAUCUGCUUCGUCCUCCAGGCUUUUGAAGUUCUGCAGAGAAACAUCUCCUCAAGAAUUCUGUAAGUUCAUUUCAGACAUGGAAACUCUUUCACCUGAUAGUGGAGGCAUGGACUCGGAUAUCUAUCGAACCUUGGGACUUGAGGAAUUAAGAAAAGGAGCUUUCAGGUCUCCUAGGGUUUUAAUGCUUCUUUCUUCUCUUCUUGAUAGAUCUGUUCAAAAAAAUGAAAUGCUACUGGAGACAACGCAGAUCAAAGAUGUUGUUACCAUAUUUCAUGGCUUAAGACCACCUACUGUAAGUAUCCGGAACUAUGUUGAUCGAAUCUUCAAGUACUCUGCCUGCAGCCCGUCUUGCUUUGUUGUUGCACACAUUUAUAUGGAUAGAUUUCUCCAGCAAACAGAUAUUCAUUUAACUGCCCUUAAUGUUCACCGUCUCCUGAUUACAAGUGUAAUGAUAGCAGCAAAGUUUGUAGAUGAUGCAUUCUUUAACAAUGCCUACUAUGCCAAAGUUGGAGGAGUAAGCACAGAAGAAUUGAACAGGUUGGAGAUGAAGUUUUUGUUUAGUAUAGAUUUCAGACUUCAAGUAAAUGUCAAUACAUUUGGAAAACACUGUUAUCAGCUGGAAAAAGAAUCUGCCGGUGGGCUUCAGAUUGAACGCCCAAUCCAAGCAUGUAGAAUUAAAGAAAGUUGGUCAAGCAAAGAUGAUUCAACUGCUUGUUCUUCCACGAUUGCAAGAUGAAGAUGCCAAAUCAUCUCGAUGUAUCAUUGUAAUCUCACUCUUGUCUGAAUACAGUCAAGUCAGAAAUUCUGGAUAUUGAAUUUCGGUGUAGGUACUUUAAUUGAUUAUUAGAGAGACAGCAUUCUUGCUUGCUCGUUUUCAGAUUGCCAUUACCUCGUGAAAGUUGUCCCAUAUUCUCAAUAUUGGGGUUUAUGAUAUCUUUUUGUUUCCAUA